GCUUUCUUCGCGCCACUUCUUCAGGUUUUUCCGCCUCUUACAGCCAAGCCGCUCUCUCUCCGCGAAAAAGGGACCUCCUUCUUCGCCCCUGGAAGAAACAGAAGAGAAAGAGACAAUACACAUCUAACCAACUGCUACCACCCCGUUUUUAUUUUUUCUUGAGAAUACUAUCAAUAUCAUUCUCAUUAUUACGAGUGCUAUUUUAUCAUUCUUUUUCAUAUUAGUUUUAGUUGGGCCUCUUCCUCUAUCUCGCUCCCUGCGUCACCAGAGUUCUUGCCUUUCCUCCCUCCCCCCCCUGUAGUAGUAUACUGUAGUCCGCUCUGCUGUUCGUGGUUCGCACCCGACGUUUCUUUCCUCUCCUUUCCUUUCUUGAAUCAAAACAAAGACAUAGCGAAAUAGUCUGCCUCUUCUUAUACCCAUAUACUUACCUAUUAUACCUCUGCACGAGCCACCACCGCCACCUCCCCUCCCUCAAGGAAAGAAACACCGUUCACAAGAUGGUCAACAUCAGCGCCAAGCUCGACGUGUCCGCCUCGAACAUGAAGGAGUACUACGUGUACUACCUCGCGAAGCACUCAAAGCAGUGGACGCGCCGUGUUCACCUCGUCGGGACCGUCGUCGGCGCAGUGGGCGUCGCAGCAAGCGUGGCACGCCUGGACGCCAUCGGUGCUGCGGUCAGCGCUGCCGUUGGGACGGCCAUCUGCUGGGCUGGCGACGCCGCAGUGGAGAAGACGCAGCCGACGACCUUCAAGAACCCGCUGUGGUCGGUGUACGCCAACUUCAAGAUGGUCGGCGAGAUGAUCUCCGGCAAGAUGAGCAUCUAA